AUGGGCUGCAGGCACUGCACGUUGGCCGAGCCAGCGUGCGAGCGAGAGAGAGGCUUCGCCGUCUAUAACGUCGACGGCGUUACCGAGACCCUGGGACCGGGAAUCGUUGACGUCACGCCGGCGGAGAUUCUUUACACGCCCGCCGGCAAUGAGGACUGCCUCUGCUGGGCGCUAGACUGCCUCCGACGAUACGGCUUCGACGCGGAUCUGUUCUCUUUCGAGACCGGACGCAGGUGUGCGACGGGACCCGGCGUGUACGCGUUUAAGUGCAAGCAGGCGCGGCAGCUGUACAACGCUCUGCAGGAAAGCAUUCAGAAAGCUGGUCGGGUGGGCAAUCAGGACGGAUGCACGGACUCGCACGACAAGCAGGCCGUCGCUAGCGUCAAGCGCAACGAGAUCUCCGCCGUCUCGUACGUGAAAAGCUGCGGCAACUCGCCGCCGCUGCCGAUCGCCACCAGGUGGAGUCACGGCGGCGAAGGUCGCUCAUGCGUCACGGACGCCAUCUAUCUGUACAGCGCGUUGCUAGUACCGCACAGCUGCGCCGCACACCGUCGCGCCGAGCCCGCGGCGACGGCGACACUGACGGUAUCGUCAACGUCGACGGCGACGCUCACGGUGUCGUCAACGUCGGCGGCGACGCUCACGGUGUCGUCAGCUUCGGCGGCGACGCACGACUACGUGAACACUAUGUGCGAGAGUCCCGGCAACGGGCGCGAGCGUCCGCGGGCAGGCUGCGAGAGCCCCGAGCUGGCGCGACGGAACCCGAAGAGACGCAGCAGGAGCACUGGUUCAACGGGCACGUCCAGCUGGGCGAACUCUCCCGUGCUCGUGCACCAGAGUGCCGUCACCAAGCUACUACCGAGCGACAGCGAUCGCUGCGCUGUGCGGCGGCAAACGAGCUGCGAGCCUCCGGUGCGCUCGCUGCUCAGCAAGAUGCUGCGGCGUUACAAGAGCGAGACGGACAGCCUGGAGAGUAGCGACGUCGUCGCACGCAGCGACAUGCUCGCGUCGCCCGGCCGCGUGCGCAAGGGUUGCAGCAUGGGACACAUACUAGAGUCGGACGAAACUCCCGCCGAGGUGCGCCACUUUGCGGCGUCGGCGGCGCAGGCGCUGCGACUCGACGUCGGCACGCCGCAGCGAAAAUCCGCCGGCAGGGCGACGUCGACGCUGAAGUGCAACGAGCGCACGCGCAAGACGUCGCCAGCGCCGUCGCCGUGUAAGUCGGCGCUUGACACCGAGCACUGCUACGUGAAUCUCACCGUCGGCAGUGAGCAGCAGAAGACAACGACGACGCCGACGAUGACGACGAGGAGGAGCGCAAUCGACGACGCCUCGUUCGACGUGGGCCGCAGUGGCGCCGCCAACGGACGCGGCGGAUCCGACUCUCGCGUCAACUACAUCAUGUUAGACUUGUCGGAGAAAUCUUCGUGCGCAUGCGCAGGCGAGCAUGUGGCGACGAAGGCCAGUAGCGCGUCGCCGACGAGGGCUAAGCGGCAAUCAGUCACCGCCAAGUCGCUCGAAGGAUACGCGCAGAUCGACUUUGACAAGACAGCAGCUCUCUCCAGAUCCAUCUCGCGGCGAGAUGACGAGUACGGUUCGAGAAAGACACGUCACUGCAGCGAAGUCGAGCAGUGA